AUGGCUAAUUUUUUCAUUGAUAAUGGUCGAAAUUCAAUUUAUAAAGCAUGGCGCGUCUCUGGAACUGAAGUUCGUCUUAUUGGAGGAGGAGACGAAAGACGAGGGCGAGUAGAAGUCCGUCAUGAUGGGCUCUGGGGUAGUAUCUGUGACGAUGGCUGGGAUAUCCAAGAUGCAAUGGUAGUCUGUCGAAAACUUGGCUACGGGAACGCAUCAGCGGCCACUGGUUAUGCAGAAUAUGGCCCUGGAUCUGGUCCCAUCUUCCUGGAUAAUGUAGACUGCACUGGUCAAGAAAUGGAUCUAGAUGAUUGCAGUCAUAAUGGAUUCGAAGUUCACGAUUGUCAGCAUAGCGAGGACGCUGGCGUAGAAUGCGUACCAAAAGAUCUGCAAGUACGGCUGGUUGGCGGGGAUUCAGCCUUAGAAGGUCGUGUCGAGGUGUUGUACAACGGUUCAUGGGAAACAAUUUGCGAUAAUUAUUGGAGUUUAAGGGAGGCGAAAGUUGUAUGCCGAAUGUUGGGCUUCCAAACAGUCACUAGAGCCACCUACAACGCUGAGUUCGGAGAAUGGUCUAGUAGUUUUCUCUGGGAUUAUGUUGGAUAUGUUGGAUGCGUCGGGGAUGAACGCAGCCUUGCAGAAUGCUUUCACAGUGGAUAUGGGAUUCAUAAUUGUGGACACUCAGAAGAUGCAUGGGUGGUCUGCGGUAAUGAUGUUAAUGCACUGCAAGUUCGUCUUGUCGGUGGACAAUCAGCCUUAGAGGGUCGCGUAGAGGUGUUCUACGACGGUUCCUGGGGAACAGUUUGCGAUGACGACUGGAGUUUUAGUGACGCCAAAGUUGUAUGCCGAAUGUUGGGCUUUCAAACAGCCGUUAGGGCCACCACCAACGCUGAGUUUGGCGAAGGUUCAGGAAGUAUUCUUUUGGAUGAAGCUGGAUGCAUCGGAGAUGAACUCAACCUUGCAGAAUGCUUUCACACUGGAUAUGGGAUUCAUGAUUGUGGUCACUCAGAAGACGCCGGUGUCGUCUGUUGGAAAGGUGAGAGCGUGUGUAUGAGUUUAAAGGUUAAAUCUUAA